GCUUGAUCAGUUACAAAUCAGUUGGAAGGGAGAAAAGAUCCUCACCACAGGAGAUCACGUUUAGUCUCUUAUAGAUAUUUAUUAGACAGCAAGAUGAGAUUUCACAGCGUUUUCAUUAUCUAUUGUUUGCUUGUGAUCAUCGAAGUUGUGCAUCAAGUGACAGCCGAUGAGAGUGACCGAUGGAAUUUUAAACGACCUUUUCAAGCAAUUUCCGAUAUGGUUUUGCGAUACCGACACGCUUUCUCCUCGAAAAUGUCAUCCAAGCGCAAGAACUUUGUCAAUUUAAGUGAAAGUCAUCCAGCUCAAACGCCGUGGCUAUCCGGAUUGGCAUCGGCUUCAUCGGAUUGUAAAACAGCACACGUUGAUAAAUUCUACAGAGUCUCUUACCCAUUAAAUCAAGCCGUCCGAAACUAUUCACCGCACAAUGACGAAUGGCGGCCAAAAGUUCAUCAGCAAUUUCGUUCGGUGUGGAGCUCAGCUGACGAAGAAAACAAGGAUACCUUGGAUGGCAAUCAAUUCUGGCCAGGGGAUAAAACAACGGGUUACAAGGGAUUGAAAUCCGACAAGGAUUCGUACUUGAUGGCGCUAGAACAUUUUAGAUUGCGCUGUGAAAUGUUAAUGGACCCUUACGACUGUAUCUACUCCAGCCAUUUAAAUCGAUUGAAAUACAAGUAUUAAUGAACUU